AUGGACUUAUUCUUGCAAACCCUUGGAGUCCAGACUUUCAACUACGCCGUCAGAUCGGGAAUCGCACUCACCUCCAGAUAUGCGGUGCAGCAAUGCUCCCGGCUGUUGAAGUCGGUCAACGACCAGAGGGUCCGCACUGAGCUCAAGGAGCUGCAGCAGCUUCUCGACCACAAAGUAAAGAUUAUCUCACCCGCACUCGAUCUGAUCCAGUUCAAGUCAGGCCGGGGAAAUGUAUUCCUGGAAUCAGCGGCGCCACUCGCCAAGUCCCUCCAUCGUGAGAUUGUUCGCCUGGGGAAGCGGCUGGACAAUGCGGCCUCUGUUGGUGAGGGUGCGCGUGACGCCGGCCGCAGGGGCCGAGUGUCGGAGGCACACCACGCUGAACUGUUGCUCAUCAUCAGCGACAUUAAGAACCUGCUACGGCGUAUUGACAGGGACAUUCCCCUGCUCCAACUUGCCAUCACUGCCUCGGGCGAGAAGAUGUCGACAACUCUGACCACCGGCAUCUCGCCUUCGCGGAUGAUGCAGGCUAGUGCCCUGCUGUCCUUUGCGGAUGCCCACUUCGUCAUGAAUCCCGGCGCGCCCAUGCAGGUUGGGCCGUCAUUUACGUUAUCACUCUACAUGCUGUUCCUCGGCCACUCCCCACCAGCUGCGUCCGGUCCUGCUGCACGGGACGCCUCCACGUUGGCUCCCGCCGGCUCAGAGGACGGAAGCCACAGCGAAGGUCCCUACGGCCUUGGGGAAGGAGAACGGAAGCCGAUAUGGCAGGAGGUGAUGCACAAAUGUCGAGUCCGACUUUGCCGUAUACCUGUAGACUGGGGUUUUGAUGCUACUCACGGAUACCGCCCAAGCAGCGUGAGCGGUUCAGGCGUCGCCAGAGCUGUCUCUGGAAACAGGACUUCACCUUUUCUCGGACAGUCAGACGGGUACUCGUACCACCUGGAGAUCAUUGAGGACUUGGAUGAUGGAAGGCUCCAUGACGGAGACGGGUGCACGCCCAAGCCGUAUGAUGACAUGCCUAUGGCUGGCAUUCGGGAGUCCAUCCCAAUAUACCAGAUUUCCAAGAUCUUCUACACGGACACCGGGCGAAUCCUGAACAUUGGAAGCAACGACGAGAGGGACAGCAACCCGGUCCUAUUGCUGAAGAGGGACAGCAACGCCAAGUCGCCGGUGGAAAUGCGGCAGGAGUGGUUCGACGAGCCUGGGGCAGAGGAGGCAAGCGAACCAAAGACUGACACGGAUGAUGACUCCGAGUCUUCUCGGGCCGGUGACCAGGAUAGCGUUGACCGGCAGUUAUGGGAGGAGACGGAACGCUCUGCGGAGUCCCCUGGCAGUAUGGGCGGACUGCAAGGGACACGUCUGCCUCCGCCCCUGGAUCCCGAGUGGCUUGCGCUGGAGGUUUACGCUGAGGACGACGAUGCGGACGAUGAUGAAGAGGAUGGCAGCGAAGAAAACGAAGCCGGAAGUGGAGGCGGCCCCGAUACGCUGACUCACGAUCCUCAAGUGUCGCACGACAGUCUCGACUCCAAGCUCAUCUCCCAAAUCCGGCGCGUCUCCAUCGGGGCAGGUAGCCCUGCCAGACGCCUCGCGAGCCAGCCAGCUGAACAUCGACCACAGCAACCGAACGAGCAGGCAGCCGGAUCCUACGUCACGAGAUCGCCCUUCGGGUCCAUCACCUCAUCCCUCUCCCUGCUGGAGAUGCUCAUACGGCUCACAAGCCUGCAAGAGUUCCAGCAGACAUCCCACCUGGCAGUCCCGGAUCACAUCCUGACAUUCUUCUUGGACGAGACGUCGACGACAGGGCUGCAGGGCGAGGCACAGUGGCGGGUGAGGACCGAGGCGAAACGGCGCAUGGGGUUCGACCCAUACACUGAUAAUACCCCUCCGAGACAGAGCGGAGAGUAG